ACAGAGAAACAAUUCAGUUGAAUCCACUGACUGAUUCCUGACAUCGUUGUCUACCCAACCAUUUUAACCCAAACAGUCUCCAGGUUCUUACUGUCAUAUGUACGACCCUCGGUGAAUGGUUGGACAUCCACCCGACAUCACUGGGCUCUGACUCGGUUCCAUAUAUUACAUACGACGCUACGUCGUUCCAACUCUAACAUAGCUCGACCAGAACCAUCCAUCAUGACAUCCGGUUCUGCCUCGCCUGUAGACUUUAGGUCUAGGAUUAACGACGAGGAUUCGAAACUCAUCGCACGGCUAUACGCCCUAACGAAGAAGUCCCCUAAGCUCGUGCGGUCUACCGAGUAUGCUGCACCGGCUGAUCCUGCGAUCAAGCUUCGUAGCUGGAAGAUGAACGAGUUCAAGUACUAUGACAUCCCAUCACCGUUCCCAACUCUUGCACGAGGUCUAUUCACACAAGAGGUCCAGGUCGAUAAUGAGACUAAGUACAGGAUCGUCGUACGGGGGUACGACAAAUUCUUUAAUAUCGGUGAGGUUCCUUGGACAUCGUGGGCGUCCCUAGAAUCACACACCUCGCCACCAUACACUCUGACGCAAAAGUCGAACGGGUGUAUUAUUUUUAUUGCUGCGUUGACUCCUACGAAACUGGUAGUCACUUCGAAACAUGCUAUCGGAACUGCGGAUGAGUCUGGGAAUUUAGCCCAUUCCCAAGUGGGCCACAAAUGGCUCAAAAAGCAUCUGCAAGACGCAGGGAAGACGGAGGAGGAACUGGCGAAAGUCCUCUGGAAGAAGAACUGGACGGCUGUCGCUGAAUACAUUAGCUGUGUGAUGACUCUUUUGAGGAACACGUUCUACCUUACAGUCAGGAGAAAACGGGCCUUCAUCUUCAUGGUCUGAAUGAAUGUUCCAAGCAUUUUAGGACCAUGCCUCCCAACGUCGUAGACGCAUUUGCCAGCGAAUGGGGCUUUAUCCAAACUCUUUCCACGGAAGUCAAAACCAUCCCAGAAGUCAAGUCCUUCACGGAAGAGAUAGGACGGGCAGGAAAGUGGAGAGGCGAAGCCUUGGAAGGUUUCGUCGUCCGUACCCAUGUCUCAACAGACCCUCCAAGUAAAGGCAACCCAAGUCUUUCACCAUACGAACCCGGUUCUUGCUUCUUUUUCAAAGUGAAAUUCGACGAGCCAUACAUGAUGUAUCGAGAUUGGCGUGAAGUGACCAAGAUACUCUUAUCGAAGGGUCCAACGAUGUCACAUGUGCCGAAGAGUAAGAUGAGGAGACUUGAAACGAGGUUGUACUCCCAGUGGGUCAUCAAUGAAAUCAAGAGGGAUCGCAAGCAGUUCGACCAGUACACAAGAGGACGGGGGAUCAUUUCAACGCGAGAACGGUUCUUGAAGUGGCUGCAGUCUCCAGAUGGGAAGAAGGCGCUCGCUGGCGAGAAGAUGGGUCUUCACUCUAAUGAAUCGGCCUCUGCAGAGUUAAACAGUGACAAGACGUUCGGCAAGACCAUCAUUGUGCCCGUUGCGAUUCCAGGUGUUGGGAAGACUUCGAUCGCUGUAGCGUUGGUGUACCUGUUUGGGUUUGGUCAUACACAGAGUGAUGAUAUCCGCGCCAAGAAACCUGCACCCAUCUUCAUCAAGAAUGUCACGAACUUGCUCAAAAAGCAUGAUGUUGUCAUUGCGGAUAAAAACAACCACCUCCAACAACAUCGACAGCAGCUACGAGACGCUACGGCGAACAUGAGACCUCCUGUUCGUCUGAUAGGCCUCAACUGGUCAUUUGACAUUCCUCAGUCUACCAUUCAUCGUAUCUGUAGUGAGCGAGUUGCAGCUCGAGGUGAGAACCACCAAACGCUUCGUGCGGACACCUCACGGUCAUACGAGGACGUUCUCUGGAUGUUCCUGAAUAAAGCUGAAGAGCUUCAGGAAGGCGAGGUCGAUGCCUCCAUCGAGAUGGACAUUGAGGAAGACUUGGAGAGUGCUCUAAAACGGGCUGUUGAUGGGUGUGUCGACAUUUUGGGACUCCCGAGGCCGGAUGCGGAGAAGAUGGGUGAGGCAUUGGCCGUAGCGCGAGGGUAUUCGCCACCAACAUCCAAGAAAAAGGACGAAGAGAAGAAGAAGGCUCCUUCUGAACCAAGAUACUUUGCGCUCCUACCGGAGCUGGACUUAGUAGAGGUAAUGAAGAAGAGGAUGAACGAAGAAGAUGUGCCUCCGGAGGGCAAGACGUUCUGGGAGACGCUGCUGGCCAACAAGAGGACUGGCGACCGUUUGCCUCAUGUCACUGUUGUUCAUUCAAAAUCUGUCCAGGGAGACGAUAGCGACAGCAAGCGGCUCUGGGAUCUUUGUCGAGGGCUUAAUCUUCUACCCAAAUCACCGCUGUUCACAUUCAAACUCGAUCAUGUUGUUUGGAACGACCGGGUCAUGGCGGUUACUAUCUCUAACCUUGCGGUCUGUAGUGAUGAUAACUUGGAUCCCCAAUCGGACGAACGGACGAAGGCGAUCGAGUUCGUCAUCAAAUUACCAUCAGAUGUGCGGGAGAGGUUGCAUAUCACUGUGGGCACUCAGUCUCAGGAUAUCCCACCUGUUGAGGCGAAAGACUUGGUCGAGCGGUGGAAGGCGGGUCAGAAGGAGGGUAUUGGAGAGUGUGCUUUCACUGACCUGUGGGUGAAAGGACGAGUGAAGGGACUGCAGAGGUAGGCAAUGUGCAGAGGUCUUGUUAUGUAGUUUUCGGUAUAUGUAAUGUAACGUCAAGAAGCACUACUCAAGAAAACAUGUCAGCUGCGUAUAUUUUGAGCUUGGAUAAGGUGGCUUGAGCUCAACGUCAACUUGAUCAGUACUUGAUCUAAUCUAAUCUACUUACCAAACUUGUUUCCGUGCGACGAGC